ACUCGAAAUCUUACAACUGGCCGCACGUUGGAUCGGCUGGCGGGCGUGCCGGAAGACAAGCUGGUCGAGGCCCAUGGCAGCUUCCACACCAACCACUGCAUUAAGUGCAAAAAGGAUGAAGGAGGAGAUCUUCGCUGAUCGGCUGCCCAAGUGCACGGCAUGCAAGAAAAUUGUGAAGCCGGACAUUGUUUUCUUUGGGGAAGACUUGCCCGAAAAGUUCCACAAAAGUUUGGAUGGAGACUUCAAGGAGUGCGAUCUGCUGAUCAUCAUGGGCACCUCGCUGGAAGUGCAUCCGUUUGCAGCUUUGGCGCAGUACCCUGGACCGCGCUGUUUGCGUCUCUUGAUCAAUCGCGAUGCCGUGGGUCGUCCCAAGUUUACCACCUGGAUGGAUGACCAAAACGACGAUUGUCUGCGGCAACAUCCGCUUGGCACUGGGCUCGACGAAAACAGCGAGUCAUGUAUUGACUUGGCGGAGCAGUAUUCAAAGACGACUUUCACCCACCCACGUCGAGGAUCUUCAGGUACUUGA